AUGGCGGAAGACGCGGAUAUGCGCAAUGAGUUGGAAGAAAUGCAGCGGCGUGCCGACCAGCUCGCUGAUGAAUCCCUUGAGAGCACCCGUCGAAUGCUGCAGCUUGUUGAAGAGAGUAAAGAUGCUGGUAUCAGGACUUUGGUUAUGUUGGAUGAGCAAGGAGAACAACUGGAACGCAUCGAAGAGGGAAUGGACCAAAUCAAUAAGGACAUGAAAGAAGCAGAAAAGAAUUUGACGGACCUAGGAAAAUUCUGUGGUCUUUGUGUCUGUCCAUGUAACAAGCUUAAAUCAAGUGAUGCUUACAAAAAGGCCUGGGGCAAUAAUCAGGAUGGUGUUGUAGCCAGCCAGCCUGCACGUGUCGUAGAUGAACGGGAGCAGAUGGCCAUCAGUGGUGGCUUUAUCCGCAGGGUAACAAAUGAUGCCCGGGAAAAUGAAAUGGAUGAGAACCUUGAGCAGGUCAGCGGCAUCAUUGGCAACUUACGUCACAUGGCCUUGGACAUGGGCAACGAGAUCGACACACAGAACCGCCAGAUUGACAGGAUCAUGGAGAAGGCUGAUUCCAACAAAACCAGGAUUGAUGAAGCCAACCAGCGUGCAACAAAGAUGCUGGGCAGCGGUUAAAUGCAGAGAAGUGCAUUUCCUUUCAAUGCUGUCCAGCAGGGCAGCACCUUCAUGCUUUUAUCAUGGUAUUUAUCUACUAGGUUUGCACACAUGCACAUAUCAGCCCCAUUGUAAAUGUUGUCCUGUGUAGUUUGUCAGCUUUCCAAAAAUGAUACUUGUAAUUAUUUUUUUCUAGAUAUCUUUCUUUCCAAAGGUUGUACAUAGUGCUGAUUUGAUGGCUAUAGCUCACUAUGAUGUUUUUUGGGGUUCUUCCUUUCCUUUCCUUGUUUCCGUUUUGGAUUCCUUUCCUUUUUUUCCCCUCUCCUCAUUUUUCUUCUUUUUUUUAAUGAUGUUUGCUGAAUGACAACACUGUUGGAAUGCUAAACGUGCUGUUAACCUUUAAAUAUACAGUAUUGUUCUUGUAAAACUGUGACAUUCCACAGAGCUACUGCCAUGCUCCUGUCUUUGGGUAUCAUGAUGUUUAAGCACUUAAACCUGCUGUCUUCAGUUCUUCAUUGCCAUUAUCUGUUGUUAUGAUUUCAUGAUUAGACAAUGUGGAAUUAUAUUACUAUAACAAGCAUUGCACUAAAAAGUGAUGUGAUUUAUGCAUUUAUGCAUGAGGAAUAAAUAGACUUUUAGACUCCUACUUAAACAAGAAUUUUCCCAUGGCAGUAGCACACCAACAAUGACAACAAAAGCAUGCUCAGUAUUCGGACUCUUUUGGGACUAUGUUAUACCAGCAAGUUUGCAGUUGUGCCACUUUUUUCUUGUUGAUAUAUAUAUAGUUAUUAAUCAUGAUCAUUUUUUUAAUUAUGAAAAAAAGAGGGAUUUGGCACUCACCAUUUAGCCAUUGCCAGCAAAAUAAAAGCUUGGCUGAAAAAUAUGUCAAAGACAAAAAGAAAUAAGUGUAAUAUAUUGGGUUUGUCUGCUGCUUUUGAAGACUAUCUUUUGGAGGAAACAACUACCAUAUGA